CAAGUUUCUACUUGUAGUAGCUAUAUACCACUGUACACGGCCAUGGCGUCGACUUCAUCUAGCAUUGUCUUUGACGACAUCUUCACGACCGACGCCAUCGACAAGGAUGGCAAAAAAUUCGAUCGAGUGUCUCGGUUAUACGCUCGUUCAAAGAACUAUGACAUGGACUUGACGCUCGACUAUAAUACCGAACUCUUCCCUCUGACGAAUGGGGACAGCUUUGCAAUGGCUCUUGCUUCGUCACUAUCACGAGACGGCGGUGCAUCUGCAGACGGCGAAGAUGGAGAAGACAAAGACAGAGAUGUAUGGAGACCGGAUGGGAAAGGGAGGAUAGGUUUGGAAGAAGAUUAUGACUAUGUCAUGUAUGGGAAGGUGUAUAAAUUUGAUACUGGAUCAUCCGACGUCGUUACGGCUUAUGCGUCAUUCGGUGGACUGCUGCUAUCGAUAACCGGCUCGUAUCGUCACUUAACCAAUGUGGUUCUUGGCGACCCCGUCUAUGUACUACUCAGACAAUGAUCGGACAAGUGGAGAACAAAGUUGCGAUGAUCUCCUUCAUUCGACAAGCAUCGCAUUCGAUGUGAAAAUGUACAGCGUGUGCCCCUCAUUAUCGAGAACCUUCGAAGCUUCACGAUCGCCCUGUCCGCCUAAUAGUGUGCUGAAUGCAUCGCCACUCAUAAUUUGCGGUACAGGACACGCGUCAUUCAGUUGACAAUCACCUAAUCGAUGUGGUUCUCGGCGCCUCCUUGACUCAGACAAUAAUCAUUGAAGAAAACCAAGGUCGCAGUGAUCUGCUUGAUAUUGGAAAGCAUCGCAUCCAGUGUGAAAACGAUGGUGUAUGCCCCUGUCCAGACCCUUCGGGCCCG